AAAGAGAUUCUUGAUUACCCAAACCAUAACCUAGAAGGCCAACGCAGUCGAGCCAGGCAUAUGACUGGAUUUCCAUAGCACUUCGCCGCCUUGAUCGGCUGCUUGUUUUCUGCGAUCUCCACCGUCAUCGCCGGACCCCGGUGGUGCUCCGCUUUCGAAUUCAACUACCCUAGUUCUUCCUUCACCCUUCGAAGAGAGAUGAACUCCUUUUCCAUUACUCGAAAGAAGACUCCGUUCCAGAAGCACCGUGAAGAGGAAGAAGCCAAAAAGAAGAGAGCGGAAGAUGAGACUGCUCGCUUAUAUGCAGAGUUUGUAGAGUCCUUCCAGGGGAGUGACACGCCUGGAUCAAAAGCUUUUGUUAGAGGAGGGACUAUUAAUCCGAGCGAAAAAUUGAAGACUGAUUCCGAAGGUGGAAAUUCCAAAGAUGGGGUAUCUGUUCCAAAGAAGGGAACUAGGUAUGUGCCAUCAUUUAUACCGCCUGCUUCCAAAGGAAGAGAAUCUGAAAAAAAGAAGGAGGAAGAGAAACCGAAGGAGAAAGAGAAAGGAAAGCCACGGGUUAUCGACAAUUUUCUGGAGGAGCUCAAGGCUGAGCAAGAGCUGAGAGAAAAGCGAAAUCAAGAACGUGAGCAAUGGCGUGAAGGGCGCAAUGGCGACAUUUCUACUCCAUCUAGCCGUUUUGAUGAACUACCAGAUGAUUUUGAUUUAAAUGGAAAACUUCCUGGUUCAUUUGAUGAUGGUGAUCCCCAGACAACAAAUUUGUAUGUUGGAAACCUUUCACCACAGGUUGAUGAAAAUUUUCUUCUAAGGACAUUUGGUAGGUUUGGCCCUAUAGCAAGUGUGAAGAUUAUGUGGCCCAGAACAGAGGAAGCGAGAAAUUGUGGUUUUGUUGCUUUCAUGAACAGAGUUGAUGGACAGGCAGCUAAGGAUGAAAUGCAAGGUGUGGUGAUAUUUGAGUAUGAGCUUAAGAUUGGCUGGGGAAAAUCUGUUGCACUUCCAGCUCAGGCCCUCCCUGCUCCACCCCCAGGACAGAUGGCUAUCCGUAACAAGGAUGGAGGGACUGUUGUGCUGUCUGGACCUGAUGGUCUGCCAGUUACUUCUGUUACGGGCCAAAAUUCUGAGCUGGUUCUCACCCCAAAUGUUCCUGAUAUAUUGGUUGUUCCUCCUGAAGAUAAACACCUGCGUCAUGUGAUUGACACAAUGGCGUUGCAUGUUCUUGAUGGAGGAUGCGCUUUUGAACAAGCAAUAAUGGAAAGGGGUCGUGGAAAUGCUCUGUUCAACUUCUUGUUUGAACUUAUAUCAAAAGAGCACACUUACUAUGUAUGGAGACUCUACUCUUUUGCUCAGGGGGACACUUUACAGCGGUGGCGAACAGAACCUUUUAUAAUGAUUACUGGAAGUGGCAGGUGGGUUCCUCCCUCCUUGCCAGCCGCACAAAGUCCUGAGCAUGUGAAAGAAACUUCUUCCACAUAUGCUGCAGGUAGAAGCAGGCGUGUGGAAGUUGAACGGUCUUUGACAGAUCCACAAAGAGAUGAAUUUGAGGAUAUGUUGAGGGCGCUGACCUUCGAAAGGAGUCAGAUAAAAGAAGCCAUGGGUUUUGCUUUGGAUAAUGCUGAUGCAGCAGGGGAGAUUGUCGAGGUUCUUGCAGAAUCAUUGACACUGAAGGAAACACCGAUACCUACAAAAGUCGCUAGGCUUAUGCUAGUAUCAGACAUCCUGCAUAACAGCAGUGCUCCUGUGAAAAAUGCUUCUGCAUAUCGCACAAAGUUUGAAGCAAACUUACCUGACAUUAUGGAAAGCUUCAAUGACUUGUAUCGUAGUGUUACAGGAAGAAUGACAGCUGAGGCCCUCAAGGAACGAGUUUUGAAGGUUCUUCAAGUUUGGGUAGAUUGGUUUCUCUUUUCAGAUGCAUAUGUGAAUGGUCUCCGUGUUACUUUUCUUCGAUCUGGGAACUCUGGCGUAACGCCUUUUCAUUCGAUUUGUGGUGAUAUUCCUGAAAUUGAAAGUAAAACUAGCACUGAAGAUCAUCUCUCUGAUGGAGGAAAACUUGACCAAGAUGCUGCACUGGCAAUGGGCAAAGGUGCAGCCAUGAAGGAGCUCUUGGCACUUCCUCUUGCUGAACUUGAAAGGCGCUGCAGGCAUAAUGGUGUCUCUCUUAUUGGUGGCAGGAAUAUGAUGGUUGCUAGAUUACUCUAUUUGGAAGAAGCUGAAAAACAGGGAGGCUGUGAACGAGAUGAUGAUUUAAGAUUUGGACAAAGCCGUUCCAGUAGAUUUUCAAGAGAAGAUGAUGAUGUCUUGCAUGAAAAUAAUGCUCAAAGCAGAGUCAUUGAUUAUGUUAAAGAAAAUCUAAGCUCUUCAAAAUGGAAUAGAAAUGUUGAAGAAAAUAUUGUGGCAAAUGAAGAAGGUUUUGCCUUAGUUUCAGAUUCAACUCAUCCAAGUACUCGUUCUGAGGCAAGAGCUUAUUCAAGAAAGUCUGAUCCUGUUUUGCCUGUUUCCAAAUGGAGCCGUGAUGAUGAUGCCAGCAGUGAGGAAGACAAGAAAAGUUCUCUUGGUUUAGGCUUGGGUUACUCUUCAUCUGGAAGUGACAAUGUUGGUGGUAUUGGAAGGACAGAUGAUGCAGAGGAGACUACUGAUUCUGACAUUUUUGUACACUCUGAUGCAGGCGCUAGUGAGGAACACAGGCAGAAAUUACGUCGUCUGGAGGUUGCGGUAAUUGAAUAUCGUGAAUCUUUGGAAGAAAGAGGCAUAAAAAGCUUGGAGGACAUUGAAAGAAAAGUUGCGAGUUAUCGUAGAAAGCUUCAAUCAGAAUAUGGCUUGUUCGGUUCCUCAGACGGUACCAAUAAGCAGUUAUCUCAUAAAACAUCGGGGAGGAAGGAGAAACGAGACGACUCCCAUGAUUCUUCUUCAAGGAAGCGCCAACGGAGCAAGAGCCACAGCCGAAGUCCCACAAAGAAGCUCUCUUCCAGGGACAGGGACGAGUCAGAUAGAGAUCGAGACCGCCACAGAGAACGAGAAAUUACAAGGGAGAGAGAGAAGAGUGGGAGCAGAGAGAGGGAUGAACAUGACGGCGAUAAAAGCAGAGAUCGUCGGAGAAAGGCAAAAUGAAUCAAUCUUUCAUGAUUUUAGCCUGCUGCUGACCUCAGACUUACAAAAAAUUUUGGGGCUUUGUGAUAAUUAAUUGUUUUGCAAAAGGAUCAAUUGGAAAUACUAUAUUAUGAUGUCUGCUGGGCUCUUUCUUUCAAUGGUAGGUAAGUAAAUGAGGCGGAAAAGAGGAGCUCUUCAGGCUAUGAAGAGCAAGUAUGGGUUGUUACUCAGGACGUCUUGUCAAAACUAUAUGAGAUUUGUGGUAUAUAAUUAUUUGUCCUCUUGAUUUUCUGUAUCAAAUGAUUGUGACUGUUUACUUAUUAGUGGGUUUCCUUAUUGAGAACCUUUUGAAAUACCACUGUUUUGGCCGGUUUCUUAAAUUAAACAAGCUUACU